AUGCGGCAGCGGCCGCCCCAUGACAUAUUAAUUACUAUUUGCCUCUCCCCCUCGCCGCGGUCACAGGAGGCGCUAGGGGUGGGCGGUGAGGUGGGAUCGCGGGCGGAUCUGUGCUGCAGGGGUCAGGGGUAUUGUGGAACACAAGUGGAGGUGGAGGGGGCGCGGCUCGCCGAAGUGCCCCCCUGGGUGCCCAGCCUGGUCCCUCCGGGGCCCGGGACCGCGCACCGCCGUGCGCCCUCCGCAGCGGCUCGGCAGAUGUCGCGCAGCCCGGUACCGCGACAAAAGCCCUUCCCGGUUCCAACACCACAAUCGCCAAGCGUGUCUCUGACACUCCCGCGGGCGUCUUCGUUCGCGCGCCCUCCCCCCUUGCCAAGGCACAGGCACACGCACCGACCCACUCAUCGCUUUCCAUCCCAGGUGCCAAAACUUCUCGGAGCAGGUGCAGCCCGGCGCCCGGCAGGUCCAGGCUGGCCCGGCGCCCCCUCGCUCACCUUAUCCAGGCAGUUGACUUUCUCGGUGGGAUACACGACUUUUCCGCAACGGGCGCACUGGGGGUUCAUGAUCGCGAUUCCCGGGGGCGGCGGCGGCGGCUGCUGGCUCCGAGGAGCCUCUGUGACAUCCCCCGGCGAGCCCCGCACCGCCUCCGGGCAGGCGGGAGGGCUGCGGGCGGCUGGCGCCGGGUGGGGAGUCGGCGCCGGGCCCCGGGUGAGUGCACGGGGAGGGCGACGAGGCCUGGCGCCUGGGGCCGGCCGCGCUCUAGGGCUCGCAGGCGCUGGGGCUCGGCUCCGGCUCGGGCUCCGCGCCGCUGGCUCGGCGUCGCUCGCACUCCAGGUACGGGUGACUCACACAGUCACUCGCGCCCGCCCCUCGCGCUCACUCGCUCCCCCGCCUAGCCGCCGCCGCGCAGGCCAAACCCACUGGCGCGCCUGGACCGAAGUGGCAGGGAACGUGCACGUCGGGCACCCUGGGAGGGAGGGCGCAGCGGGGGAGGGGGCGGGCAGAGACCCGGAAAGCUCCGCAGACCGCCGCGGGUGCGACUUUGCGGCCUGGGGAGCGAGCCUCGCGCCACCGCCGCCGCAGGCCGGGGAGCCCAGCCAGGGGCACCCUCAUCCCAGGCUGACUGACAUCCCUGGCACCCAAAUGUCGCGGGGAGUGCGGGGCCAGGGUGCGCCCUCCCUCCUCCUCCAGCCGUAAAACCGGGGACAGUGGCACCCAGUCUCAGGGCGGAGGCCGUUUCUGCUGCGCGCAGCGACGCGCCCAGGCCCAAGGGCCGGAAGAUCCGCGGGGAACCCGGAGACCCGCGUCCCAGAGGCGCCGAGGGUUGCACCGCGCCCGCUCCCACGGGCCUCUUCCGAGAGGACGCUUCCCGCGCGUGUCCGCGGGAAGUCCUAGGAUCCUGGAUGAGAAAGAGCCUUCUCUCACCGGCUCCCAGACCCCGUGCUUUUUAAUACCUUUCCUUGCAGAGCGACUGGUCAUUUUUGGCCCGAGGCAAGCUUCUCUUGAUUAAUAAAUGACCACGGCUCGUUUU